ACGUAUUUCUUUAUCAUUUGCUAGAAUACUAUUAUAACUAUUAACAUUGGGAAAAGUUUUAAAGAGCUUUUUUGGUUAUAUAUUAUAUUGUUGUGUUAGGUGUUAUUGGAUAAUUUUUGUUGGAAUAUUGUAAGCAGAGGUUAACGAACUGAGAUAUCAUCAUUGACUGUCCUUCAUCUUUGGCUAUAGAGGCAAUUUCGCUACAAAACUGAGCGAUUAUCGUCAACACUGUCUGUAACCCUUGGCUUUAGAAGCAAUUUUAGCUUUAACCGUAUCUCUGAGUCAUGUCUAAACGCAAAUUGCAGAAGAAAAAAGCUAGGACAGGAAAAUCGUGGAAUGAGGCUGACAUGGAAGAUGCAUUAGCGGAAAUAUCCGCAGGAAGCCAAAUACGACCAACUUCCAACAAAUAUGGUAUGUCAGAGGCGGUUUUACGGCAAAGAAUAAAGAAGAAAGCUGAGGGGAAAGUACUUGUGGGAUCAGGACGAAAGAAUACACUGAGCCCAACAGAGGAAAGCGAUUUAGCAAAAUGUAUUGCAUCGCUAUGCAAUCUUGGUUUUAGCCCUUCCAGUAGCCAAAUAAAAGAUUUUGUAAAGGACUAUGUAAAGCUACAUAACAUGACAACUCCCUUCAAAAACGAUCGCCCUGGAAAGAAUUGGCUAAGUCAAUUCAUGAAAAGGAACAAUCUCAGCAAAAAAAAAGCCAACAUGAUUUGUGCUGCACGUAAAUCUGUGACCAGCAACCCUUUCAUUAUUUAUGAUUUUUAUGAUACAAUAGAAAAAUUGUUCAAUGAAAAGCAAUACACCCCGGCACAGGUAUGGAAUUGUGAUGAGUCGGGAUUCCCAACAGAUCCCUCAAGAGCGAAGGUCAUUGGACCUAAAGGAAAGGUUGCCAACAAGCUGACAUGGGGUGCAGGCCGUGAAAACAUAUCAACAUUAGCUGCCUGUAGUGCAGAUGGUCGAGUUCUGGACCCACUCAUCAUAUUCUCUGGGGUGAACUUUCAAUCAACAUGGAGAGGGAAAGAACCACUCCCAAAUACGAUCUAUGGAGUGUCGAAAAAUGGCUGGAUGACAACUGACAUUUUUUUUCAGUGGUUUCAAAAAUUUAUUGAGCAGGUUGAAGAGCGUCCUCUUCUCCUAAUCUAUGAUGGCCAUCUCUCCCAUGUGUCUGUAGAACUGAUCGAACUAGCACAGGCAGAGGACAUUACCUUAGUGAAGUUACCGCCACAUGCUACCGAUCGCCUUCAACCUUUAGAUGUGUGUGGAUUUGGACCUCUUAAAAGACUUUGGAUUGAAGAAUUAAACAACCGCGUUAACACCUUAGGACCAAAGGAAACGAUCUCCAAAGCAACAUUUGUUGAUCUACUGUCAAAGGUUUGGCACAAUGGCUUAUUAAAAAAGAACAUGAUUUCAGGUUUUCGUGCAACUGGAAUUGUACCAUUGGAUCGCUCAAAGUAUCCUGAAACAGCUUUUGAUACGAGGCUGUUGAAACGAUAUAACGCAUGGGUGGAACUUGGUAAACCGGAAGAUCUCUUUGACUCGCUGAGAACCAGCACAACAACACCAACAAAGAUGAAGGAGAGAAUUGCUGAAACAUCAGAGCCUGAAGCACCAUCCACAUCAGAGCCUGAAGCACCAUCUAUAUCAGAGCCUACAGCACCAUCUACAUCAGAGCCUGAAACGUCGACUCCUACGCAAAGUAUGGUGGACGAUUUCGACCCUGCUACUCCAGUUUCUGGUCCAACUGUGUGUUACGAGUGUAUAAAGAUGGGACCCAUGCCACCUCCUGUUGCUGGUAAAAUAUGGGUGCGUGGGUGGUCAUUGAUUGAUGCUUCACAGUGUUUGCCACCCGCAUCAACCACACCAACCUCAGAAAAAAGUUUUGAAGAUGUAGUUCUUAAUAAAAUGAAAGGUUCUCAAGAAAAGCAAGUAAAACCAAGAAAGAAAAUAGAUCAUAAAACGAAAGUUAUUACUGAAAUGGAGUACCUCGCCAAGUUAAAGAAAAUAGACGAAGAAGCAAAACAAAAAGAGGAGAAACGUCUCAACAGAAAAAGAACUCAGCCAUCUGUAGCAGGAAAAAGACCUACAAUAAAGAAGAAAAUCAAAUUUGGUAAAGGUAAUGGAAAUGACAGCAGUAUCGAAGAAAGCACAGAUGAAGAAGAAGAAGAAUUGACAGAUUCUGAUGAUGAAAACAGUAGCAAUGAGAGCGAUAAUAGUGAUGACAGCAGUGAGAACGACGAUGAGAGUCAAAAGGAAAUGACAGCGGAAGAAUCUUUGUUGGACUUAUGGAAAAGCUUAAGUCCCCCUGCUGAGGAGAGUGAUGUAAUACAAAAGUGGUAUGGAUGCAUUUACGAGACCAAAGGAAAAUCCCGCCUUUAUGUUGGUAAAGCCAUUCGACGAUUUUUGAUUGAAUGCAAUGGCCCCAUAUCUGCAAUGGAAAUAGAAUGUUUAAAGCCACAUGUUGGUCUGGAUUCCAUUCUCGAGUCUGUUCCUGAGCACCUUGGAAGAGAUAUAGAAGUGUUUCCUGUACACAAUAUUAUUGGGGGGCCGAUUGAAAUGUUGCCGUUGAAGAAUAAUCGCUGGAACGUACCAUCGUAUCCACAACUAAAAAAGAAAUUUGAAGAAUACUUGAAAGUUGACAGAAAAGCUCUUUUUACGAAAUUUCAAAUUGUAGCCAACCAACAAUAAGGCUUUGCUUAAACAUUGAAUUGUUCUUUUUUUUUCACCCACCACCCCUCCAUUGUUGUUCCGUUAUUCCCAACUCCCAUCAGAAAAAGGAUGAAUGAGAUUAUUGACAACUACUGAUUCUUUGCAUUUUUGAUAUUAAAUAGAAAAGUACACAUUGUCAUUACAAGUUAUAAAAGCACAGCUUUGAUUUCGUCAUACAAUGAUUAAAUACUUUCAAUCAAGCUUCAAUAAGUUGUCUGUAAAUGUCUAUAAUAGAGGUACAUAAUGAUAUAGCAUGCAAUCUAAGUAACUCCGGGCACUCAUUUAUUACAGAGUAGAUUAUAUUUCAACCUCGAUCCCAGAGCUUUUUACCGAAGGGUGCACUGAGAACAAGGUUGCACUAAUUCUUUGUUUGAAUAAUACACAGGCUACCCUUAAACACCACUCUAUACUAUAUACUGAGAUGCGUAAAUUCAAAAGUACCCGACGCGUAUCUUUCAGAGACCAUGCGUAUGUUUUAGCGAUCAGGGGUUCUGAAAAAUACGCAGUGCGAAAAUUUUAGGGGCCGUUGCGUAUUUUCUAGUGGAUUUGACUUUUAAAAAAUACGCACAUAUUAAUGGGAUUUAUUGCAUACGCGGAUGGUUAGGACGUAAGAAAUUUAUGUUAACGCGAAUUUUAAAGGCUGGGAAGCUAUCAAUUUUAUUUACAGCCGCUCUGGGUGUAACAAAACAAAGAAA